AUGAGCCUCGGUACAAUUAUGGAGUUCAGAGAUGCUACAUUUUUUGAGGACAUAUUUCCCAUGAGAGAUAUGCAUAGCACAUCUAGAGAGGAUCAUGAUGUACCUGCUGAACCCGUCAGUUCAGAGGAACAUCAGGAUCAUGGUGUAGCUCCUGAACCCGCCAUCUCAGUGAAAAAUCUUGAACAAACACGCGAUGAGAUUCUUGAGGAGUAUGACAAUGAAGCCCCUCUUAGGGAUGACACCCCUAAAACCAUUGAUGAGGCUUUUGCAUCUCCGGAUGCAGACUAUUGGAAGGAAGACAUUCGUAGUGAAAUGGAUUCUAUCAUGGCUAAUGCGGGCAAAGGGGAGGAGGCGGACGAGGAUGCCGAGGGUGAGGAGGCGGACAAGUAUGAAGCCGAGGGUGUGGAGGGGGCAUCUGCCCAGACAAGUCGCUGGCAAGACCAGCCGAGGCGCGGGAAGGCCGUCGCCGAUGCCUCAUCUCGUACUACUGCCGAGCGGGCGCGCGGUGCGGAUUCUGGGCGUCGCCGCGACAUCAAACCAGAGAUGGGGUUGUCUCUGUCGCAGCUGGACAGCGCACUGAGAGGGCUCGCCAUCAAGGGCGACGACGAGCUGUCCAUCAAGGACGAUGCUGACAUUGCCGGCGGCGGAGGAGGACCGGGCCGCAGAGGCGGAGGAGGGACAGCCCGGCUUCCUCCGUUUCCACAACGUCAGCCUAAUUUGAAGUGUCAAGCCGAACAGACGGAUUUGGAUGCAAGCAACCGAAUGGUCGUGGUGGAUUCCGGGCUUCAAGGCGACGUGGAAUCAGGAAAGGGGUUGUCGCUCUCAGAUCAGCUGGACAGCCACGAGGGUUCUCUCCAUCAAGAGCGAUGCCCAGCAGAAUUGUGCUCUUACACGCGGGCGGGACCAGGAGGUCGGGAAUGGACGCCGGCUGGAACAUGGGGGUUCGGGGUCACGAAACAGUGGAGACCGCGGCUGCAAAGAAGAAGGCUCGGGCCACAGGAGGACGGGCUGGCCAAGAAUACGGCGGCGGCGGAGGUGGGCCGGGAGGCGGCGGAGAUGGGCCGGGGGGCGGAGGAGGUGGGCCGGGCCGAUUGCCUCCGUUUCCGCACCGCCUCCCGUACGUGAAGUGUCAGCCACAAGACUGCCAGACGGAAGCAAAGUACUACUACGACCCAUGCUACAGCGUCUACUGCAAUCACCACGUCUGUGCUUGCGCCGGACGCCACCAAGUGCCCCCACCAGGCAUUUCUACUUCUGACAUCAGGAUCUACCAGCCUUUUAUGUUUCCCAGCGCUCCACUAAUGUUUGUUGGUGCAUUUCGCCAAGACAUGGCAUUUCCUAACCUACAGCGGAGAUCAUACUACUUCUGUGAUGCAAGACAGGUGUUUAGUACCAUGGAGGUGCUUCCGGUGGUUGUUCGCCACUUCGACAUGCACGGGCAGUGGAUUUCCAGGAUGAUUCCUGAUGUAUCGAUGAUCAGGAGAGAUCUCAUGUUUCCCUAUCCCCAGUUUUUUUGGG